AUGGGUGAUGAUGAUGAUGUUGAGGAACUUGAAAAUGAACCAGAGGCUGUUAGGAAAGAACCAACCAUUAAGAAACCUGCUCCUGUUUCAGCACCACCCAAAGAUGCUGAAAGGCAACUGUCAAAAAGGAGCUUAAGAAAAAGGAAAUGUGAUUGUUUAAUGUGUGUUGAAUUUGUUUAUCCUUGUUAUGCAGACAAGAAGCAAUUGGAGCAAAGUAGUGAAGGGGAGAAGAAAGAAAGUGUUGGUGCUCCUUCAGAGAACAGAAUCUUAAAGAAGAAGAAAUCCAAGAAAGAAAAAUCAUUAAAGGAACAGGAGGAGCAUGAUCAGAAUCAGGAGAAAGGAGACAUUGAAGCUGAAGUGGCAGAUGCGCAGAUGCAUCUGCAGUUGACGUAA